CCUCACACCUUGCACUGGCGCCCCUCCACAGCCUAUAUAAAGAAUAAUGAAUUAGUUGCCCCUUUUUUAUUUGGUAAAUGAGGAGUAGCAGACGGUCCAGCCAUUUUUUCCAUCUCUUUUUUCGUAUCUUUUCUAUUGCAAUUUCAACUUUAUUUUCAACUUUGAUUUUUAAACUCUAGGCUGUGCGCGAUCAAAAACAGUUACUCUGCUCCCACCUUCCCGCACCCCCUCUUUCUUUAUAUUUUUACAUACCAGCAACGAUAUAACCUACUGCGCCGCUGAUAGGUAUCAAUCCAAACAACCACCCAAUGCAGUCGCUGCUGCCGCCACUCUGUCCGUCGCUCGAGGGCUGGGGCCCGCUCAGCCCAAUCCGCCCGGUCGACUUUACCACCUGCUUCCAGCAUGGCGCGCUGGUUGCCGGCCUCAACCUCGCAUUCGUCGUGGGCGCCGCAGUGCGCCUGAGCGACCUUCGCAGCGCACCCCUGCUUCCGCGCGCCAUUGUUGUCUCGGGUACACUUUGGGCCAAACUCUUUGCAUCUGCUCUUGCCCUGGCCGCGUCCACCGCCGAGCUGGUGCUGCUCGCCGACCAACAGCUCGUGUUCAGCGUCUUUGGCAUCUCGCUGGCCCUGCAGACAGUAGCUGCUGCUGUAGCGCUGCGCCUGCAUUACAGGGAGCAGCUGGCCAGCCGCGUGGCCUCGACGCCGCUGCUGCUGUUCUGGCUGGCCACCGUGCUGCUUGCGCUGAUGCGGCUGCGCACUGCCGUGACGAUGGGACUGUGGAUCAGCAACGUGCCCGUGGUCGCUGCCAACGCUGGCUUCAUGCUGGCGGCGCUGGCGGCAUUGGUGCUGGAGUCGCAGCCCAAGCCGCACCUGCUGUACGAGCUCCCUGACGAGUGCGACGACGAUAACGACGACGAGGCUUUGUGCGCACUGCAGUCGCCCGAGGAGCGCGCAAACGUAUUUUCGCAGCUCACGUUCUCUUGGAUGACGCCGCUGCUCGAGGCCGGCUUCCGCAAGCCACUGCAGAUGGAGGACACCUGGGAGCUUGGUGCGGAGUACCGCCCGCAGGUCGCGACCGAACGCUUUCAGCACAACUGGCAGGCAGAACUGCAGUCCGGCCGGCCGUCGCUGUUCCGCGCCACCAUGCGCACGUACGGCAUACCGUGGAUGAUCGGCGGCCUGUACAAGCUGAUCAAGGAUUUGGUGUCGUUCCUCAACCCGAUCCUGCUGUCGCGUCUGAUUGGAUUCGUCAGCAAGUAUGGCUCUGCGGAUUCAGAGCCCAUCGAGUACGGCUACUUUUACGCGCUAUCCAUGUUUGUCGUUGCCACCAUCCAGACAAUGGCCUUCCAGCAGCACUGGGCGCAAAACCAGCGUGUCAACUGCCUGAUGAAGAUCAGCCUGACCACGGCAAUUUACCGCAAGACCAUUGCGCUGUCCAAUGAUACGCGUCAAAAAUACAACAUCGGGGGCAUCGUCACACACAUGAGCGUCGACUCGCAGCGCAUCGCCGACUUUUUUGCCAACUUUUCGCAUCACCUUUGGAGCACGCCUCUGCAGAUUCUACUGGCAUUGUAUCUGCUGCACCAGACUCUCGGGUGGAGCAUGUUCGCUGGGGUCGCCAUUAUGCUGAUUAGCAUCCCGACGUCGGCGCACAUCAGCCGCAUCAUGCGGUCGCUUAAUAAGCUGCUGAUGGGCUAUCGCGACCAGCGCAUGAAGAUUAUGGACGAGGUGCUGUCGGGAAUCAAGAUCAUCAAACUGUACGCCUGGGAGACCUCGUUCAUCCGCCGCAUUAACGACGUGCGUGUGCGCCUGGAGCUGGCCACCAUUCGUCGCUACGGAACAGUUCAGGCCGCCUUCUCAUUUGUCGUCACGCUGAUUCCGUUUGCCGUGUCCUUCUCGACCUUUGGUCUGUACAGCCUGGCCGACAACAAGUCGCAUGGCCCUCUGACCCCGCAGCUGGUAUUUGUGUCACUGACGCUGUUCAACAUGUUGCGUUUCCCGCUGUCGCACGGCCCGAUGGUCAUCCCUGGGCUGCUCGAGGCCAUGGUGUCGAACCGCCGCAUAUUUGACUUUUUGACCGCCGGCGAAAUCGACUUUGAGGCCGUCGACCACGCACCCUACGACCGCGACGCGCCGGAUGCGUCCAUGGACGACGUGCUGGUCAGCGUCAAGGGCGGCACGUUCAGGUGGCUGUCUGCAGACGCGCAACCGACGCUCAGCGAUAUCAACAUUGAAUGCAAACGCAGCGAGCUCGUCGCAGUGAUUGGCAGAGUUGGCUCGGGCAAGUCAUCGCUGGCAUCGGCGAUUCUUGGCGAGAUGGUUAAGAGUGCCGGUAGCGUGACUUUAUGCGGCAGCGUCGCUUAUGUGCCGCAGCAGCCGUGGAUCAUGAACGCGACCCUGCGCGACAACAUCUUGUUUGGCCACCGCUUCGAGCAAGAAUUCUACGACAAGGUCAUCAAUGCCUGCGCGCUGGGCCCCGAUCUCGAAAUGCUGCCGGGUGGCGACACAACCGAGAUCGGCGAAAAGGGCAUCAACCUGUCGGGCGGCCAAAAGGCGCGAGUGUCACUGGCGCGCGCUGUGUACUCGCGAGCGGACGUGUACAUUCUCGACGAUCCGCUGGCUGCUGUUGACGCACAUGUGGGCAAGCACAUAUUCACUCAUGUGCUGGGCCCACAGGGCCUGCUCAAGACGCGCGCGCGCAUACUGGUCACCAACGCGGUCCAAUAUCUGUCCAAUACCGAUCAGAUCGUCAUGCUCAGUGCCGGCGCCAUUGUCGACCGCGGGCCCUUUGCUCGCGUCAUUGCUAACCGGGGCGAGAUCUAUGAGUUUGUGCACAAGUACAUCGAGGGCGAGGGCAGCUCGUCGGCCAACAGCGGCGAGAGUGGCAACGCGUCGGACACAGAGUACUACGAGGACGAGGCCACACAAAACGAGCAGGACGGCAUGCCCGAGCCACUGGGCGUCGGUAUUCGCCGCAAGUCGACCAAGCAGACGCUCGGCCGCGCCAGCAUCGGCACCGUCCAUGAGUCUAUGGCCCGCCGCAGGGUGUGCGGCAACGGUAACAACAACCUGCAGGAUGCGACAGCUGGUGCCUUGGUCGCUGCCAACAACACUGGCCGCACGAUGACCACUGAGGUGAGCCGCCAGGGCAAGGUCGAGUGGGAUAUAUACCGCAUAUACGCCAAGGCCUGCGGCAUGCGCAAUGCAGUCAUGUUUGGAGUCGCCCUGCUGUCGUCGUCAGUGAGCAAUGUUUCGGCCAACAUGUGGCUUAAGCACUGGGCAUCUUCAAACAGCAGAACCGAUGUCGACUCUGGCAUUAUGCUUUUUUCCAUAGCCCGCCACACAGUGUUCUACUACCUGCUGAUCUACGGCGCCCUCGGCUUACUGGGCGCGUCGAUGAGCUCGCUGCAAUCGCUGCUGCUGUGGACGCGCUGCUCGAUCAGAGCGUCGACAAAAAUCCACGACAAUAUGCUGUCUAGCGUCCUGCGCUCGCCCAUGUCGUUCUUUGAUGUCACGCCGCUGGGCCGCAUCCUCAACCGCCUCUCGUCGGAUCUGCAACGCUGCGACGAGGCACUGCCGCGCUCGGUGUCAGGCAUGAUCAACACAAUGGUCAGCGUUAUUUCAGCUGUCUCAGUCAUUGGAUUCUCGACACCUCUCAUGCUUGUUUUGAUGUUCCCGCUCGCCUUCGUCUACCGCUACUUGCAGCAGCGCUAUCUGUACAGCAGCCGCGAGCUCCGCCGUCUCGACUCGACCACUCGCAGCCCCAUAUUUUCCCACUUCCAAGAAUCCAUCGGCGGCGUCUCGACCAUUCGUGCUUAUGGUCAGCACUCGCGGUUUGUCGCUGAAAACGAGCACCGUCUGGAAAAGAACAUCCGCGCGUAUUACACGUAUCAGUCGCUCAACCGCUGGCUUUCAUUACGUCUGGAGUCUUUGGGAAACUUGGUUAUGCUUGGCACCACGAUGCUCGCCAUUGUGUCUCUUCAGUACUACGGAUAUGGCGACGCCGGGCUUGUUGGUCUCUCAGUGGCAUACGCAUUGGACUUUACGAGCUCGCUCAAUUGGUCGGUCAGGAGCUACACUGAGGUUGAAAACUCCAUGAUCCAGCUCGAGCGUGUGGUCGAAUAUGCACGCUUGCCAUCUGAGGCUCCUGAGGUUAUUGAGGACAACCGUCCGGCGCAGUCCUGGCCAGAGCAAGGUACGGUUGAGUUCAAAGGAUACUCAGCCAGGUAUCGCGAGGGACUUGACCUGGUACUUCGCGACCUGUCGUUCCGCGUGCUGCCCAAACAGAAGGUCGGCAUUGUGGGCCGUACGGGCGCUGGCAAAUCUUCGCUGACUCUGGCACUGUUCCGGAUCAUUGAAGCCGCAGGUGGCCAGAUUUUGAUUGAUGGCGAGGACAUUGCCCAGUACGGUCUGUAUGAUGUGCGUAGCAAGCUGUCGAUCAUUCCGCAGGACCCUGUGCUGUUUGCUGGCACGGUUCGCGAGAACCUUGAUCCCUUCAACAGCUAUUCAGACCAGGAGAUCUGGCAUGCACUCGAGCACGCACACCUGGCCGAUGUCGUGCGCUCCAAGGACGAGGCACUCGAAUUUGUAGUCGCGCAGGGCGGCGAGAACUUUAGCGUCGGCCAGCGCCAGCUCAUCUGUCUUGCGCGUGCGCUGCUCAAGCGCGCCAAAGUGCUUGUGCUCGACGAGGCCACGGCGGCAAUUGACAACUCGACCGACUCGAUAAUCCAGGAGUCCAUCCGCAAGGAGUUCAAGGACUGCACCGUGCUGACCAUUGCGCACAGGCUCAACACGAUUAUUGAUAGUGACAUGAUAUUGGUUGUUGAUGGCGGCAGGCUCGCUGAGUACGACACGCCAGGCAACCUGCUGGCUGAUGAGACCAGUCUGUUUGCUAAGCUUGUCGAGGAAUCCCGCAACAACGACUCGCAAUGAUAUGUAUAGCUAUUUUUUCAACACGCACAUGUACGCAAUACAAAUGAAAUAAUAAACUACGCUGAUGCACGCU